AGAAACCAUGUUCCGCUUCCUCCUCCUCGCGCUGUGCCUCGCGCUCGCCGCCGCCUUCACCGCGCCGGCGUCUGCGCUUCGCGGCUCGCGGAGCAGCAUUGUCAUGUCUGGCCCCAACGCUCAGAAGCCUGGCAAGGCCGGCAACCCGCUGUGGGGCUACACCGUGGGCUCGCGUGCGCCCGACGCCGCCGUCUCCUCGGGCACCACCCAGUCGGAGGAGGCCGAGUGGAAGAAGACCUUCCUCGGCGGUCUGUUUGCCAAGAAGCCGGCGCCACCGCCCAAGACCAAGGGCUCCCGCAUGAAGCGCCCCGGCACCAUCUAG